UGUUGAAAUCCGCAUGCGGCGACAUUCGCUAUCUCCGAGAGAGUCGUGCCUCCGCGCUCGGACCAAUCACGGCCGUCCUUUCACUUGCUGGAAUUCGAAACUGCCGUUAAAAAGGCCGAUCACCCGUUUAUUCUAUUCCCUUUCUACGCGAAGUGAAACGAUCGUUGGGGAGGUCGACGCUGACGCGCGGAAGAAACGAUCGGAUCGCGUUUAGUCUGAAGGUCUACUUUGGUUCGGGUGAAAGUCGGGCUUCUCUCGUCGAUGAACGUUGAAUCGCGCCGUGAAUUUCUACUCAUCGCAUUUUCCGUCGCGAUCGAUACAAGCCGCCCGUCGAAACGUGCAAUUCGUAACAGUUUGCGCGAAUUGCCGCUUGCAAAGAGAGAUUAACUCGCUAUCGCGCUGAUAACGGCGCGGCACCGCGCACGAAUAUGUUAGCGUGUUACAUGACCGCGCUGCAAUGCGAGUGGAUCGAAAAUCACGGACGAUGGAAUCCCUCGAGCUUGCUGAGAUCGCAACUGAGGUCGGUCCCGAUUUUCCCGGAUCGAAACAAUGUCAACGUCGAAGGCGCCACUCACAAACAAGUGGUCGAUCUGAUCAAGUCGGGCGGCGAUGUUCUCACGUUGACCGUUAUCUCCGUGACGCCGCAGGAGGCUGAAAGAUUGGAACCUUGCGAGGAUUUGAGUUACGCGGCGAUGGACUACAGCGAGAAGAGAUCUCUGCCUAUCAGCGUGCCGGAUUAUCACGUUCGUGAAAGGAAACACGAGCGUUACGUAGUAUUCAACGUCCAUAUGGCCGGCAGGCACUUGUGUUCGCGCCGAUAUCGGGAAUUCGCGGCACUGCAUAUGGCGCUGAAGAAGGAAUUCAUAGGCUUCAAUUUCCCGAAGCUACCAGGAAAAUGGCCAUUUCAAUUGAGCGAGCAACAGCUUGACGCGAGGAGACGCGGUCUGGAACAGUAUUUGGAGAAAGUGUGCGCGGUGCGCGUGAUAGCGGAGAGCGACGCCAUGCAGGAAUUCCUGACCGACAGAUUAGAGGAGGACGGCGAUCAGGGUCCGGCGGUCGAUCUCAAGGUUCUCCUGCCGGAUCGAGAAGUCGUCACCGUUACGGUCCCGAAAGCGGCGUCGGUGAAAGACGUUUACGACGCGGUUUGCUGUCGCGUCGGAUUGGACGCGGAAACAGCCAAGUAUUUUUAUCUAUUCGAGAUUGUCGAAUAUAAUUUCGAGCGGAAGUUGCAACCGCACGAACACCCACACACUUUGUACAUUCAGAAUUACUCCACCGCGAGCGCGACGUGUUUGGCAAUACGAAGGUGGCUCUUCAAUGUAAAUAGGCCUCUGAGCGAGCAGGCAUUGACUUGGAUAUUUUGGCAAACAAUAGACGAGGUUAACAGAGGUCACAUCACCGCGGGGGAACGAUUGUAUCAACUGAAAGCGCUGCAAGAUGCUUCCAGAAAGCAUGAGUAUCUAAAACUGGCGAGGGAACUCAGCGGGUACGGCGACAUUGUGUUCCCGCAUUGCGCGUGCGACUCGAGAAAGGAAGGCCACGUGAUACCUGCGGUCGGCACGGCGGCUUUCAAGUUGCACGCCGCGAAGGAGGACGGCACGUUGGAAUCCCAAGUGGUGGAAUUUCAAUGGAGCACUAUUAAUCGAUGGGAAGUGGACGAGGACGGAAUGGCGUUCUGCUUCCAAUACACCCGCCAGGAUAAUCGUCCGCCUCGUUGGCUCAAAGUCUUCACUCCUUAUUUCACGUUCCUCUCGGAUUGCUUCGAUCGAAUAGCCGAGGAAGCGAAGUGGGACGAUCCGGGAGAAUGACGUAGUGUCCAACGCUAAGAGACAUCGCAACGUUGAUCCGGUCUCUCCAUUGGAUAUCUCGCAUUCGUCUCUAUAGUCGAAAUUUUUUUUUUUUUUUUUUUUUAUU